AUUCGGGCCCAACGGCCACGCUGAACACGAAUAGGCAAUUAGGCAUAGCGCUCUCUCUCCCGCUCGCCCCCUCGAGUCCCGACUCCCGUCCUCGAUCGAAAUUCCCCGGAUCUUCCAGCUAUUAGACAGUUUUCCUGCUGAUUUUCGCGGCUUCUUUUCUUUUGCUCCCGGGGAGAUAGGAUGGAGAGGAUACUCAGAUGCUUCAAUCUAGGGCCAACAGGAUCCGAAGAUGAUGAUAUAAGUUUCACACUGACCGUGGAAACGUUUAGCUUCGAAGAGCUCUCUGCUGCAACUGAUAAUUUCAGUAGCACCCUCAGGAUAGGCUCUGGGGGGCAAGCCACAGUCUAUGAAGGCCACAUACCCCACAUUGGACAGGUUGCUGUCAAGCGGUUGAGAACCAAUGAUUUUCCCUCUAAGCAAAGGGCAUUUCUUAUGGAGGUCUAUGUGCUCAAUUCAACUAACCACCCUCACAUUGUGAAACUACUCGGUUGCUGUUCUGAGGGAACAGAACGACUUCUUGUGUAUGAAUAUGUAAAGGGGGGGACAUUGCGUCAUCGAUUGAAAGAGUUGAACUGGUAUACGAGAAUGAGAAUUGCACGUGACACAGCUACAGUUCUGGAGAAACUCCAUCUCCAAUCCGAUCCACCAAUCAUCCACAGGGACUUUAAAUCAGACAACAUUUUAUUAAGCACAAACCUUAGUCCAAAGGUUUCUGAUUUCGGGAUAGCUAAAAUUGCCCCAGCUGGGGAUGAGCUUACUGCAGCAACAUCAGAAACGUUGGGAACGUAUGGAUAUGCUUCACCAGGGAUUUUUCGUCCAUUAAAUGCGACAGUCAUGACAGAUAUCUACAGUUUUGGGGUUGUGCUCUUGGAGAUCAUUACUGGAAAGCCUGCCAUUGAUCAUAGUAAAGAAGGAGAUGAACAUUAUCUAGUUCACUGGAGACAAGUUUUUUUUGGAGCUGAUUAUGUUAUUAAAGAGCAAGUUUUGGAGUAGUGGUUCAUUUGACUGUGUUUGGAAGUCCAACGAAUCUAUGGACAGACUAAGGUUGAAAAAUCGUUUGUGGAACUAAUGAUGAUAUAUAAACUGAUGGGCAUGUUUAGGCAUACAUGUGGUUUAUCUGUUAUUUUCUGAAGAUAAAUAAUACUGGAGAGAGAGAGAGAGUUGUCGGUACAUGUACUGUUCGUAUUAUAAUUGGCUUGGGAGAGUGCUGCAUCUGAUGGGCAUGAAGAUAUAUAAACUGCUGCAUCAAACAGGCCAAUUUGAAAGAACUAUCAGAAACUACUGGGAACAGGGACUCACUUCAGGUCGUUUAUGGCAUAUAUGUACUUGUCCGAAGAUAAACAAAUACCUGAGAAAGUGUUUGGUAUCACCAUAUACUGUUUGUUCUUCAUCAUCUUGGAGAUGUGCAGCAGCCAUUUGUAAACUACUUUGGAUCAAGUUCCUGGUGUCAUUUCUCCCUAGAUUAUCAUUUCACAAAACAACCCCUGUGCAGGCCGCAAGCAAGUCGAAAGAUGGGAACUUUGAGGAAGUACUUGAUCCAAGGUUACGUGGCUCUGUAUCCAGAAUGGUGCUCAGCGAGGCUCUUGCUGUGGUGGAUAGGUGCACUGGGACAGAACCUGUUGGCCGGCCUCGGAUUAGAGAAAUCAUUAGAGCCCUUCGCCAUGUGGUGUCCAUAUCUCAGGAUGAUACUCCGGGUGCGUCAUCGUCAGCAGCGAGCUAGAUACGUGCAUGGGGUCUGUCACUCCAUCUUCGAUGAAGCAUAUAAGAGGCAAAUGCUGACAAGAAAGCAAAAACUGUCGACUGAUGCGCAUCUGCUGUUUACUGAUUAAAAUAUAAUUCAUGCAUGUGACUGUUAGACUGUGUGCUAUAUGUAAGAGACUCUGCCUUCCAUCUCGUACAUCCUGAAAGCUUCUGUCAGCCACCUGCACAGCACUUAGGUGCGUUUGGUUGGAGAGUCAAAUGGAAUAGAGUGGAUCCAUUAUAGUAUUUGAGAAUGGAGCCAUUCUAUUCUACGUUUGGCAAGAAUAACAAAGUCGUUCUAUUUUUUGUUU